CAUCUGUCCAAACGACCUCAAAAGAAAUAGAACAGAGAAAGUGUAGAGUGACUUGUACUACACCCUGUAUAUACAAAUCUGCAACUGCCUGGCUAACUGUUAGAAUCACAAUAAGGUUAAGUCCUAUAAUGUUCAAACUGAGCUAAAGUUCACCUGAAUGAAGGGCGAAGUUCUGUAUAACUGUGGAUCAGGACAAUUACAAAAAUGCAUUGGAAAAGCAAAUAUUCAGACAAAAGUACAAGUUUCUCUAUUCCCACUUUUGGGAAAAGAAUGAAUAAGAAAGUUGCACUAUUUGGGAAAGAAUGUAUCAGAAAGUCAAUGGAAAAUGCGAUGUGUAAAAAACAGUUAAUGAUAAAGGAUGAGAAGCAUUUCACUAGAUCUAAUCAGAUAAGUUGUUUGUAUGGGGAAUGUUUGCUAGACUUUCAUAAAUGUGUACUAAUUUCUACAACAUUGUAACAUGAAUUUGUUGAAAAAAAAUACAUUUAGGAGAGUAUUUUAUAAUACAGUAUGCCAAAAUAUUCUGAAACUCAAGGUUUUGCAGCCCAUCUGUUGGUGUGUACUUAUUUCUGUGCAGCACUGUCACGCUUAGUUGCACAGAAAUUGUCAAACCACGACAGGUACACGAUUAAAGGCUCAUAUGCUGGUGUCACUUACUUACUGUAAGUAGCCCCGUUAAAUAAAGCAAAAUGAAUUAACAAUGGCACAUGUAUAGUGAUGUAAAACGUGAACUCUUUUGAUAGGUUUUGGUGGUGUGUGGAAGUGUGUGCUUGUUGUGUUUACUACUGUGAUAAAUUAGCUCAAAUGUGGUCAUUGUGGUGCAUGCAUGAUUAAACCAUGUUUAUUUUGAGGAUAACUUAAGUGGGUCAAGGAGAGGUAUUAUCCAUGGGUGGCAGUAAUGCACACCAAGAGUUGUUUGCAAGCUGUCUCGUGGACAAUCGAAGAAGCUCUAUUGAAACUGGUGGUUGUCUCGGCAACUGGUAUACAACAGGCCAGGCAAGCCUGUCUUCAUAUGUUGGAAAGUUCCUCUGGAGUUCUGUUCAAAAGUUGACUCUUUGACGAUGCCAAACAAUAAUGUUGCAGCACCUGGGAAAAAGAAGGUAGUUGGUACAAAGUCACAAAAAGCUACCAAUAAGAGAAAGGAUGAGGACGACGACAGUGGUGAUUAUGGCUGGGAAGAAAGGGCUCAUGGCAAACUCACCAAACCCGCAGAUCAACUGGUGCUUACUGAUGCUGAGCUGAAAGGGGAAGUCACCAGGAUACUGACAGCAAAAAAUCCACACGCCCCACAUAAUAUUGUCCGAUACAGCUUCAAGGAAGGCGCUUUCAAGCUGACCAAUGUUGUUGAUCAGCUAGCUGUCCACUUUGUCCUGGAUGAUUCUCUCAUUCAUCAGGACUCUGAUGAGGCUCGCAGGCUGGCAGCCAGUGAAGACCUCCCAGAAGAGACAGCAACAGUUGAUACUGGAGCAGAACUGGAUGAGGACACACGAGAAACAUUGGAUGCAUCUGGUGACGGAGGUGAGGAGGACGAGGAUGCUAACGAAGACGAGAGACCAGACAGUUUUGCCUCCAAAACAAACAAUCAGGAUCCAAAAUGUACAAACCAGUUCAACUUCAUUGAAAGAGCCUCACAAACACUCAAUAAUGCACUGCGGGAAAGAAGUUGCCAGACUGUACCUCCUCCACGCUGCAACUAUUCUGCCACCGCGAGUCAGUGGGAGAUAUAUGAUGCAUACACGGAGGAGCUGCAGAAACAAGAAAUUAAAAAAGAGAAACAGAGAGCCUUCCAAACCAAGAAGGAUAGUGACAAAAGCAAAACGAAGACACUGAAUGAGACUCCGAGUGAUGACAUCACCCAAAUGGCCACGGCAGUCACACUCUUGGAAAGAAUGGUCAAUCAGAAUAUAUGUAAUGACAUAGCACAAGAUUUCAAAUACUUUGAGGAUGCAGCAGAUGAAUUUAGGGAUCAGGAGGGCACUCUACUUCCCUUGUGGAAGUUCCAGUAUUACAAAGCCAAAAUGAUGUGUGUCACUGCAAUCUGCUGGAAUGAGAAAUAUCCUGAUCUUUUUGGUGUGGGUUUGGGAUCUUAUGACUUCAGCAAACAAGGCCAAGGGAUGCUUCUGUUCUACACGUUGAAGAACUCUACCUUCCCUGAGUACAUCUUUCCUACAAGUUAUGGCGUCCUGAGCCUCGACAUUCAUAAACAACAUUCCUACCUGGUUGCUGUCGGUUUCUAUGAUGGCUGCGUGUGCGUGUACAACUUGAAGAAGAAGGGACUGGACCCUGAAUACAAGAGCAAUGCUAAAACUGGCAAGCACACUGACCCUGUCUGGCAGGUACGAUGGCAGAAUGAUGACAUGGACAACAACCACAAUUUCUAUUCUGUGUCCUCUGAUGGUCGUGUUGUGUCUUGGACACUCAUUAAGAAUGAGCUAUUCUUCUCGGAUGCUCUCAGGCUCGUACGGGAUGAUUCUGUGUUGGAUGGCCCACAGGGUAUUCAGGAGUGCCGCACUGUUGGAGGUACAUCCUUUGACUUCCACAAAAAGACUGACUCUCUCUUCGUUGUUGGCACUGAAGUGGGGAAAAUACACAAGUGCUCCAAGAAUUACUCAAGCCAGUUCCUGGAGACAUACGCUGCCCACAAUAUGGCAGUGGAUGCAGUAAAGUGGAAUCCUUACCACCCAAAGGUUUUCAUCUCAUGCAGCUCGGACUGGACCGUCAAGAUCUGGGACCAUACUGUCAACACUCCCAUGUUCACAUUUGAGCUCAAUGCUCCAGUUGGUGAUGUGGCCUGGGCACCGUAUUCCUCCACUGUCUUUGCUGCUGUCACCACAGAAGGAUUGGUACAUGUUUUUGACCUGAGCAUCAACAAAUAUCAGGCUAUCUGCCAGCAGCCAGUGGUGGCAAAAAAUAAGGCCAAACUGACUCAUAUUGAAUUUAAUCCUGUCCAUCCCAUCAUCAUCGUGGGAGAUGACAGAGGCUCUGUUAUCAGCCUGAAACUGUCCCCUAACCUCCGCAAGAAACCGAAGGGCAAGAAGGGUCAAGAGCUGCCUGAAGGUCCUGCCGUGGAAAUAGCCAAGAUGGAGAAGCUUCUCAGUCUACAGUGCGAUUCAGAGCAAAGCAGUGUAACGUAGCCAUCAUGGUUUCCUCAUAGAGUUUCCAUCAUGUUCAUUCAGUGAGUGUAUCAAAACAGGAAUAAUGACCACUUCUGCCUUGGAUGUUAAUUUGUUUUGCAAGCAAUUGUUUGCAUGUCUCUCUGUAAAUUUUAAUGAAGCUGGAAAGUGAAGUAUGAAGAAGAGGGUUAGGGUUAGGGUUUAGUAGUAUGCCAGCUUCUCACAUUUUGAAUCAUUUCGACAAAUUUAUUUAACCAUCGAUUGAAUUGCUGUUUGUUGGUUCGUUUGUUAUAAUUAUGCUAUUAUUCUUUUUACUGCAUGUACCGUAUAUAAUCAAAUUCUCAUAAACUGCAUGGAAGGCUGACACGUGUGCCAAGAAAGAACCUGUUCUGUUUUGCUACAUGACCAUAUAAAAAUGUGGGUAUGGAACUUAUUUUGCAAUUCAGUCACAAUGGAACUGUUCCCCCAGCCCAAUGUAAUUGAUAGAGUCCUGUCAAUCUAUUCAUAAUAUCAACCCAAUUCUCCAUGAACAUGGAAGUAGCCUCCCAACUAACCAAAAACAAAUAUAAAUAUAGUCCUCUGUGGUUCUUUCAUUUAUGUCAUGUAUUGUAUGUUCUGUACUAUCAUUUUUCCAUUUGAAUAAAAUUCUCCCAAC